AUGCAUUACUCGAAAGCCUUGCCCAUCAAGGAGCUGUCGAGUAAUCUGUUUGCAUUAGGAGUGUUUCUGCAUCAACUUGCUAAGCAUCCUUUAACCCCCGCACCCCCCACUGUAUAUUAUAUACCAGCACCUUUAAAGAAUGCGAUUGAAUGGGCAUCAAGACCACCAAAUGCUUGGGCUGAUAAGGCUGCCGCAGUUGUAAGUACCUCGGGAGACUUUGGGGGCGGCAGAUCCCAAUAUCAUCUUCGCCAAAUCGGAGUGUCUCUCGACCUUCAUUUUAUCAACAAGCCCGAGUUUUUCUUGGAUGGACUCAAGUCUCCUGAAAAGUUCGACAGUGAUGGCAACUUGGUUGAUGAACAGGACAAAGAGAGACUGAAGGAAAUUCUUUUGGCCUUGCAGGCAUUCACUUUGAGGCUUCAAACAAAGUGA